UACUGUAAUACAAAUAAACAACAAUGAAUAAUAAACUGGUUUUUGUAAAAAUGUAAUUGAACAUGAUGUGCCACUGUUUGCUAGGCAGCAGCCAAACCCUUUUACACACAUGAGCACUCAGUGAGGGAGAAGCCCGGCCUUUUUCCUCGGUGCCUUCGCAUAGAGGGGCAGGGACAGCACUCCUGAUGAACUUUCCUAACAUAGGGUAUCUGUGCAAUGCUGAUAGAACAGUGGCAGACUGCUACAUGAGCAUGUUUAUUUUAAAAAAACAGCGUGCAGGCACAAAGUAUGAUUUUUAAACCUUUACAGCUUUGACAGUUCACAGACAGGCAAUUUUCACUGAACUACCAACAGGUAGACAACUCUGUCCCUGUCCAAUGUUCAGCUUGUAAAUCUACAAUUCAAAAGAUGUUGCAAAUAUAUUUUUUAAUCAUGUUCCUAGUUCCCUUAAAAAGUUGAUUACAACUUUUUUCUUUUCUAAAAAAAUGCAAACAACUGAACAUUUUAGAGCAGAAACACACAUACCUAAAAUGUUCCUUAUUACCUUUACAAUUUAAGAUCUUGCUAAACAACAAAUGGAAAGAAAAAGACAAAAAAAGGAGAAACAUGACAUGCACGGUAGCCUGAAACAAGGGAAUGUUGUGUAACCAAAUAAGAAAAUCUCUGUUUUUGGGGGUGGUUGGAUUUUUGUUUAUUUAUUUUUUAAAUGGGACUGUAGUAUUUGUGAAAGAUGCCUGAUUGCCAGCACUUAGAGACUGAUGUAAUCCACUGUGAACAUCCUUCAUUUCUGGGCUGCAUGGACUACAUUAAAGACUGAAUGGUUAUUUCAGUCUCCAUGAUUGUUGUUUCCGCUUACCUAGCGGCACAAUUGCAAAGAAAAUAUUUGUCCUUUAGGAACCAAAUGGAGAUUAAAAAUCACGAUCUUGCUACAAAGAGAUUGAAGUACUCACAGGUCUUAGAUGUUUGAGUAGAUGAUAUCUAUUCACCUGGUACAAAAAUGAGAAACUUUACAAUAUGUGUGUUCCACAGUAGUUGACACUGAAAAGUAAAUGCUUCCCUUAUUGCAACACUGCUGUAAAGUAAUUAGCUAAGGCUUUAUUCUUAUUUACAUAAAUGUAAUUUAAGAUCACUUUAAGGCCCUUAUUUUUUUUUUAAUCAAUCGUAUAUAUUCCUACUACAUAGCUUUAUCUGUUAUUUUACCACCACCUUCCUCAUUUUUGCCAUGAAAAAAUUAACAAUUAAAAGGAAGUGUCAAAGGGGAGACUAGUCAGCUGACCUGUCCUUUGACUGAUUGUGAUGCUAGUACCCACAUAAGAAUAAAAAAAAAUUAUCACUGCAUGCAUAGACAGUGCCCUAACAUAAGUCUCAUUUCUAAAUAUUUCCUCCCAGCAGGUAUAUAAAUAUACACAAAAAUCCAGUUUGUAGUUUGCUAAUUACUACUACUUUUACUGGGUGUAGUGCUGGUAGAGUUUUUAUGACCUGUUGCUUAGCAACUUUUAUCAACAACAGCAAAGCACUUUCCCUUUCCUUAACCUUGUUAAAGUUAGGCUUGAUCACUCAUCAGCUGAGGAAAAUUAUUUCUAAAGUAAGGUAAAGUUGCUGCUCAGAAUCUAUGAGCUGCAUCCAGGAUGAGCUAUCUCUUCUUAUCUCCUGAAUUGCCUUUGCCCUUUAGUCCUCUCUCUCCUCAAGCUUUUAAAGAAAUCCAACGCCAUGCUGGGGAAGCCUGGAGACGGGAGGCUCAAAGAGAGGCCAACUGUGCAACAACCUAUUCUGCUGGUUAUGGAAAAAAGGAGCUGGCUGACCCCACAAGGUGGAGCACCAAACCCUCCUCUCCUACCAGGAUAAACAGACCCCAUCCACCGGAAGUAUUUAUGGUAAACCAGCUUCAUUAUAUACCUGGAUAUUACAACAGUGAUAAACAAACUGCUUCAGAUGACAAAGGCAAAUGCUAUGAAUAUCCAGGUUACAGAGACAAUUCAAAGUAUCUCGGACAACGAGUAGUGUAUCAAAAUAUGUACUGUGGUGCUUCAAAGCCACAUCAGGCAGCUCAGAACUGGAUAAAAAAUGCCAGUGAAAAUGGGGGCAGAACGAUUAAGAAAAUGAAAAAUUUUGCAGCGGAAAGUCAGAAGAUGCAGACUACACCACACAAGAAACAGCUGAAGUGGAGAGUGUGAGGCAAUCUUUUCUCAACCGUAACUGAUUAUGCAGCCAGGGCCAUGUAAAAAAUAGAAGUACCUUUCCUAGAACCUGACUAGUUACCAACUGAUUCAGGAGCAGGAUUAAACACAAGACUGAAAAAGCAUGAUAAAGCAUUGUCGUAAUCACUACUAGGUGCUAACAUGGUACCCAAGGAUUAGAAUAUUUGCUCUAGGAAUACAACCAAGAAUUCUCCAGCUAAUUAGAAGUUUAUACCAUGUCUUGAUUUGCACUGAAGAUUGCUUUGAAUAAAAGAAUUCCCUCAUUA